AUGCGCAUGCGCAUGCGCCGCGCACGGCGCCGGAAGUGUGGUGCUGCGGAGACGGAAGAGGCGUCACGGGCGGCUGGAAGGCGGAGGAAGGCGGCGCCGCAGCCCGGGAGGAACAAGUCCACGGUCAAGGGCAGAGUCGUCAAGUCAGCGAUAGAGGAGUAUCACAAGAAGAAGCCCGUGAAUCAUUUGACAGCAAACCUGAAGUACAUGUUGAAGGGACGAUUUGUUGCAGACAAAGCCAUCACAGAACAAGUUCUUGCUCAGAACAGAGGCAGGAAGUCCAAAGAUCAGCCUCCAAAGACGGCAGUAAAGAAGAAACCUGAGGGCACUGUCUUUACUGAGGAAGAUUUCCGUAGAUUUGAAAGAGAAUACUUUGGGAGACCAUAA